GCGAACAAUGCCGCGGUACACCACGAAAGGUUUUGUUGUGGGCUGAGUGUGGGGAGCUGCCAACUUGACUUCUCUCUCUGUGUGUCUGAAAUGGAGAAGUGUUAUAAUUCCACAAGGGUGUGAUGUUACUGAAGGCGCCAGUUUUUCGUUCUUAUAAAACAUCUUGAGAUAGGUCUUCUCUGUGAGCGGAGCCACUUGUUCUAGUUUAUCGAAAUUUGGAAUAAUCGCCCAUAAAACAAUGAAUUAAAUCGAUUUGAGGAAAUGUAUAAAGACGCGCCCGCAGUUUGUAAAGACUGUUAAUUGUGAUCUUAGUCGUAUAAUCUUGGAGAAAAAAACCCAGCUUGGAGCCAAUUUGCAUCUGCUAGACCAGCCACGAUGGAGCUAACCGAACACACCAGAUGGAUGGUAGUCAACGGCCAGCACGGUGGUGAAGGGCACAACGGGUCACACACCCAUGCUCCCCACCCAGCCAGUAUGACCCCUUCUUCCACCACAGAACGGAUGCCACACGCUCCCCACCAUAGUUUAAACUUCAUGGAGCCCACCCAGCUUGUUCCCCCAGAUGAAGUGGAUGUUUUCUUCCACUCUCUUGACGGGAGCUCAAACGCUGUCAACCCGCCGAGCUACUACGCCAACUCGGCCGCGUCCCGAGCGGCAGCGAUACACAGCUACAGGCCUUCACACGCUCGAGUUUCUGGCAGCCAAGUUUGCAGGCCACAUUUCCACACUCCAACUAUCCAGUGGUUCGAGAGCAGUAAAACCCUUCGCCCAGUCCACCAGAGUAGCAAUCACUCCGCCUGGUGUACCAGCCCUUUUGGUGGGGCCUCAUCAGCGGUUUCGUCCCACGGUGGUCCACCGGCUCUCGGCAGCUCCACUACGGGUGGUGGAAUCAACUCUCAAUCCAGCUCGCAUUUGUUCAACUUUCCGCCGACACCACCGAAGGACAGCACCCCGGACCAUUUGACGACGGCCGGGUUGAGCAUCCACCCCUCCAGUGAGUACACCCACAUGGAGGAUAAAUCAAUGCACAGGGAUCACCAUCUUACCUCCCCUGUCUCAUCAUCAUCCUCAGCCAACAUGUCGAUGGCAACGGGCUCAUCGGCUGCCGACACACCGUACAGCACCCAGCAUCAUAUGCCGUACGCUACCUACGUUCCGGCCCCGGAUCUCUCCAACUCGUUGGGGUUCCACACCGGAGCGGUGAUUGGUAAUCGGAACUUCAACGGAUCUGCGCCCCGGCCUCGAACCAAAAGCAGGUCCAGCUCAGAAGGACGUGAAUGUUGUAACUGCGGGGCUACAUCGACCCCGUUAUGGCGCCGUGACGGUAACGGGCACUACCUGUGCAAUGCGUGCGGCUUGUACCAUAAGAUGAACGGGCAGAACAGACCUCUCAUCAAACCCAAGCGGAGACUGUCCGCAGCUAGACGGGCGGGUACGUCAUGUGCUAAUUGCCAAGCAACGACCACAACCCUCUGGCGGAGGAAUCACAAUGGUGAUCCUGUCUGCAACGCCUGCGGACUCUACUACAAACUCCAUGGGGUAAAUCGACCACUGACAAUGAAGAAAGACGGCAUCCAGACGCGGAAUCGCAAACUCUCCACCAAGUCCAAGAAGAACAAAGGCAAACUAGCCAUGGAGUCCAUGAAACAGAUGGAGGACAACUACCCCAAGUUCCCCAUGUUUGCCGAACCGCACCAGAACCUCUCCCACCCUCAUCCUCACUACCACACGGGUAUGAGCGACUACAGUAUGACCGGGCCCACCUCGGCGUCUAUCCACCAUUCCCAUCACCACUCCCACCCGCACUCCAUGACGUACAGUCCGUCCUCGCUGUGUAACUCUCUGUAUCCAACCGGACCAACCCACGUGCCCGUACCGUGCAGCUUACCGAUGUCCUCCUCGACCAGCAGCAUGGUGGGAGCGAUGGCUUGAUUCGACGGUACAGAAACUGGACACAGUGUCGCCUGAUGAAAAGUACGGACUUAUUAUAAACACGAAAUUAAAAGGGGUGGGGAGUUGUCUUGUAACCCCUGUGUCAAAAACAAUUACCCAGACUUUAUUAAGGUAUUCAACGACGGUGCCAUGUUGUGACAGCAGCGACUUAAACGGGAAAGUGUGGCUGUGACGUCAAACGCUGACGAUGUACAUUAAAAACAAAAUGGCGCCAUGGACAUAGACAAUGAUGGCAGUAUUGUUCAGUUGCAUUGGCAGAUUGAAAGAUGUAUGUGUAGACUUCAACCAAACAUUGUAAAGGAUUUGAGCUUGCAAUGACAUUGGCUGCACCCUUUCCAUUGAGCUUUGAAAGGGUGGAAAAUGCUUCAAAGUUCCGUUCUGUAUACGAGACCAUGUGGAUAUCGUUGACCGAGAGAGUGUACACCAGUAGGAAGAUAACAUACAGGGAUCGCUCCAAAUUGACUUUUGACAAUGUUGAUGUCAUGUAGAUAGGCCUGCAGUGCGAGUCAAGUCCAUGUUACAGAGUUUAACAUCAUAUUAGUUGUACAUCCGUUUAUAAAUACGUAACUAUACGGUGUGAGUGUUCAUUGUAAGAUAUAUUUGUAUUGUUUCCUUGUAAUUGAGAAUUCCUAUAAACAAAACAACAGUAUUCGUAAAAAGAUGUAAUACAUAAAAAUAACAGUUUAGAAGAUUGCGGAUUUCGUUUUUCUUUGUGAUCUGUUUGUUUGUGGAGCAUUUGCAUAAUAUUGUUUGGCUCACUGUAAAAGCUUACAGAAUUAAAACAAUUAGCACACUGUAUCAGAGGCACUUAACCCGAGUGUUUUACACUAGGGGUGGUUCCUUAGUUGGGGUUUUUAACUUGCCGAAAGUACGACCAACACCAAUUGAACUUCGUGAAGGCUAGGUUUAAACUGAGAGAGAGGUUUGCGGUUACACCAUGUCGAUAUCUCUUUUUGAGUAGUAGUGUUUCUGAAAAGAUUAACGACUCGUUGUUUCGAUCAGUAAGCUCUGGUUGUCUUCAGGAGAACGUUAUUACUUUGGCUUAGUGUUUUGGGAACAAAACCUCAGCAAAGAAACAAAUGGCAGUUUUAAAUGGUCUAAGAGAAAGGACUGACAAUUUUCAAACAAUACAUUUCUUAAUUAUUAGACAUUCUUGAUGUUUCCAAAACGAAAGAUUUGUUAAUAAUAUGUUUUUUUUAUUGUAAUUAUUUAUAUAUAAAUAUAUAAAAUACAUUCCUUAAAUAAAGUAGACCCCUAAACUUGUCAGUGAAUGAAUGUUAUAAUAGUAUUGCUCUAAUUGUGUUUCAUCUUCAAAAAUAACUGUUCAUUGUGUGUGUUGGAGCCUUCACUCUUAAAACUCCCUAGUCAGAAUUAAAUCCUGGUCAGAAUUGACCCCGAAUCAGAAUUGACCCCGAGUCAGAACUGACACCGAGUCAGAAUUGACUCCGAGUCGAAUUGACCCCGAGUCAGAAUUGACCCAGAGUAAAAUUGACCCCGUGUUAGAAUUGACGCGAGUCGGAGGGGCUCUUGGUUCAAUUUCACAAAGCACUAAAGAUUAUCUUGAAAAUGAGUUGUCUAAAAGUGAUUUGUUUGAGACAGCACACCUUACUUAGCAACAACGAUUGAUUUACAAGUAAAAACCAACCUUUUUUUAAAUCGGGCCCUGACGCACUUCUGGGUCGGCAUGACCCAGGAUCUGUUAUAAUUUAGGUUUUGACUAUUUUUUGUUAUAGGGAUUUUGACUAAUUUUUGAGUCACUUUGACCAUGGUUUGACACACAUUCCGGGCUAGUCUGACCGUAAACGGAUCAGGCCCCUGGGAAUGCAUGCAAAUCUGACCAGGAGUUUCUUAGAGGUAUAUAGGCCUAGCCUAGUUCCAUUCAACCUAAAACUAUAGAGAAAAUCUCAUUAUAUUUGUCAAAAUGUCUUGGACUUUCAGCAAAAGAUCCUUGUUUUAUUUUCGCAAUUUCUUGUACUUUUUAUAAAAGCAUGCUGUCCGUCGAAAUUACCAUCCCGAAUAAAUUCACCUUUAUUCUGAGCAUCA